CGCAGCUCCUGAGUGAACCGUCACCGCUGUCGCUCGAAAGUUUGACAACAUGCCGAAUACUUGAUGCCCUUCAUGCCCUGCUUCUCGAGUAAUUGAUCUGGAACCCCGUGCACUGGCCGCAUUUCUGUCGCCAAGCUUCCUGUUGCGCCCACCGAAUCACAGUCCAGGCUUGAACGCAGACCGACUCGACCCCACCGACCGCGAAACAUGUCGCCGCAUCUCCACGACGAACUCCAGGACAGUCCGCGCGUCCGGCUGGACACCCAGUACGGGCCGAUCACAGGCGCUCGUGCCGCCAACGGGAGCGCGGUGUUUCUCGAGGUGCCCUACGCACAGCCGCCCGCGCGAUUCCAGGAUGCGCAGCCGCUCCCGUCCGGCUAUCGCUACGCCGAUCGCGAGUAUACCACCGAGUCGGCCUACGCGAUUCAGCCCCACAACGACGGCCAGGCACGCG